UGUCGCUAGUGACUCUGGGGCAGUGGAAGAAGAUAUGCCCAUGCAUUUGGGUGUAUGUUGUCGUCAGAUUCGUCAACAGGGCGUUAUUUGAAAACAAUUUCACCCGGGGCACGUAAUGGAAAUUGUGGAAUCUUUCGGGACAAAAUACCGGUUGAGUCUCCAUCCGGAUAGUUUGUCUGGGGUGGGUUGUUGUUUUAAGAAGAAAUGACUAAUCCUUAAAAUAUUUUAUUGUGAUCCUUUUUUGCCCGAUUAUCACGUACACGCUCAUCCUGAAGGUCAUCCAUGACGGGUUUGGAUUCGAAUCAUUCAUAAACUACCAAAAAUGCGUUAAACAUUCAUGGCGAAGAUAGAUCCUACUCCUGUGCUCCAUUCAUUGUUUGGCUAUGUCCGCUCGGCGUAACAUAAAUAUGUGAUUAUUCGGUAAAUCAUAUUAUAUCAUCAGUACGUGCAUUACGUACAGACUAGUGAUGAGAAAAAUGAAGUUUUUGUCGGAAUCGAUUCCGACUAGCUCCGAAAUUGUCUGGAAUCGAUCCCGGAAUCGGCUUCAGAAUUGGUUCUGGAAUCGGCUCCGGAAUCGAAAUCGGCUUCAAAAUUGGUUCCGGAAUUGCAAUCCGCUCCAGAAUCGGAAUCAGUUCUGGAAUCGAAAUCGGCUCCGGAAUCGGUAUUGGCUCCGAAAUCAAAAUCGGCUUCGAAACGGAGUCGGUUUUGGUGUCUCCAUAAGAAUAGGCGUUUGGGUCUAAUGAUGCUACGUGUUGAUAGCCGCAAAAAUUCAAAAUGUACUUGUAAACGAUCCAUUCUUAUGGAGAUUCCAGGAGUGAUUUGGCUUUUGAAACUUCUUCUUCGGAAAGAACUGAUUCUCAUUCCUGAGCUAAUUCCAUUUUUGGAUUCAAUCCUGAUUCCGUUAUCGGGGCGAAUUAUGAUUCCCAGGUAUAUUCCGAUUCCGGAGCCGAUUCUGAUUCCGGAGUCGAUUCUGAUUCCGGAGUCGAUUCCAAUGGCGGAAUCGAUUCCGGAGCCGACUCUGAAAUCGGAUCCUGAGUUUACUCCGAAAUCGGCUCCGGAAUCGGCUUCGGAAUCAACUCCGGAAUCGACUCCGGAAUCAGAAUCGAUUCCAGCAUCGGAAUCGGCUCCGAAAUUGAUUCCGAACACGGAAUCGGAAACGGGUAGGUCCGAUCAAUCACCAUGUAAUUGGCAAAUAACCUUUCCAUAGGAAUUCCCAACCUUUUUGGAGUCGAAAUUAGGAUUGGAUAUUGAACUUUAGAUCCAAGUGGGCAAGCUUUCCUAGAUCAACAGCCUACUGUAGGGUAGCCAUGAUCGUGGUACAUAUGGAACCUUUAGGGCCUGGACCACUAUUGAUCUUCAGGAUCAUCAAAAUGUUUUAGGAAGCAGUCAAAGGCACGAGAUUUUGGAGUAAACAAAAAAUAUCAUUUCUUAAAACAAAAUUACGCCUUAUUCUAUAGUUUUGCAAGAUCGUUCGAUGAUCCAACAUAGCAAUGAGGAUCAUCACUACCAACCACUACUGUACGUGUUUAACCUACGUAACAGGGUUGCUUAACAUCUUGGAAGGUCGCUAUCUUCUAGAAAAUAGAUGGUAAAUGUUCCGGGAAAGUCGCUAAAUCGCUCGAUCAUCAUCAUAACAAAGUGCUUCCAGUUCCUCGUUGGUCCACCUGGCUGACGAAACCUCACAGUACGUGCCGGUGGCCCAUGUGGGGGGUAGUACACUGGUUUUGGUUCAAACAUUCUCCCAUUUUCCAUUGUACGAAUUUCACACGUUUGUUUUUAAAUUUACAAAAUAUAACUCUCCUACUACCCACACCUGGACUGACUAGCAGGUGGCGUGCCUCAACGUCGUCACAACGAUUUGCGACGCGAAAGUUUGAAAACAUUCCUCCCCAAAAGGAAUAACAUGCUGCAAACAUCGCGCACAAGGGCGUCCGCGGGGAAUAACUCGUGGUUUGUGGUGUAAACUAUCACAAGCGACCGUUGCUGCCCUUAACAUUGACUUUGGGGCUGCCGCGGUUGGGGAGACAUGUGCGUAACAACCUGCACAGUCUGCACGGGUCUAGACCAACGUGUCUAUAGAGGCUAUAAAACGUUCCGCACCGGAUCGACGAGGGAACAGUCGGAUGUGUAGGGCUCUUGGAUGCUCUUGGUGCUGGUGCUGCUCUGGAUAGUAGCAAGAAACGUUAUCAAUUUAGCGCUCCGUUAAGCUUAUAUUACUUUUUACGUACAAAAAACCUCCUGGAGGUGAUGCGGUCUAAAGUGUGUUCCGGCGGCAUGAUGCCGACAGUGGCUCUCCUCCCGCUUCUGGUCGGUCUGCUGUCGCUGGCCGUGGCGGUGCAGGGCGCCUGCAGCUCUUCGGACAACUGUACGCGCACGAUCUACACCUGGGAAGGGGGCCGGAUCGUUUGGCCCUGCCCGACCACGAAGCGGCUCAUCACCAGCACCGGCAAGUACAAGCCACGUGAUCUGAUCGCGAUGCGCUGCCAGCGCAGCGGUACGCACACGCUGUGCGUGUUUCCGCGCUACAAGAGCAGCAACCCGAUCACGCUGAGCAAGGUGUACGCAACGAAGAAGGGCUGCGACGUCAAGUUCGAACCGUUCCCGUGCUGGAACGAGCAGGAGGAGGGCAACUGCAAUGCGCUCCAGUCGGCCAUCGAUCUGCACAGCGAUGGCGAGUACGUGUGGGUGCUGGACAGUGGGGUGACGCAGUCGCAGCGCACACCGGUCCAGCGCUGCCCGCCGAAGGUCGUGGUGUACUGUAGCAAGACCGGCAAGAAACUGAAAACGAUCAAUCUGGCCCGGUUUGUGACGGAAAAGUCGCGCCUGCAGUACAUCCAGGUAGAGUGUCUGAAGGGCGGCCGGUGCUACGUGUACGUGAGCGACCCGGGCAACAAUGCGAUCAUCGUGUACGACGUGUACAAUGGGCGCGGAUAUCGGGUGAUCCUGCCGAAGGCUGUCCACAUGGGCUGCCGCUACCGGGACAUGCUGUACAUCUUCCUGUCGAAGCACAAGGAAGGUACGCGGCUGUACUUUACCUAUCUCGGCGGUAAUCGACUGUUUGCGAUCAAGACGGAGCAUCUGCGCAAGGGACACGGUGGCAACAUUAUAGACAUUGGCGAGAAACCGGUGGUGCCCGUCUUCCUCGGCACGGACGGUGGCCAUGGAGUGUUCUUCAGGGAGGAGGGCGAGAUGAACAUCUACUACUGGGACACCAACACCUGCUGGAAAAAGACCAACUUUAAGCUGGUGUACAAGAGCACGCUCGGCCUGUACGCAACGCACGUGUUCCCCGAUCUGAAGCUGAACCGGCUGCUGGUGCUGGAGAACGAUUUCCCGAGCUACGUGAAGGACCACGCCGGCUGUGGAACGCUCCAUCAGAUCUCGAUCCUCGAUGGAAGCUGCAAGUGUAGUUCGGGCUAGUGGAAGGGGUGGGUGUAGUAGCACAAGGAGUGCGGGGGCUGUAAGUUAUUAGUCGAAGCCGUUAAAAAGAUGGGGUAAAAUUUCAUUUGAACGAUGGCAGAAGGCGAUCGCGUUCAAACACAGCCGUUAUGCAAACAUGUGAUAUGCAAGAGAGCGAGCUAGUAGUGAGUAAGCUUGCUAAACCAUGGUACUCGGGACGAUUCCGACACUGUCCGGAAGUAUGUUAGUAAUAAAGUUUCUAACAAUUUAAAACGAAAUGUUUGCAAAGUCUUUGAUUUCUGAACUGAUUUGUUUAAGAUAAGUCCCUUUCCUUUCCACUUGGGUUGUUUAAGUUUAUCUCUCGAUCUAUUUAGAAGAUGCACAAAGCAUUUUGUAUUCUGAGAUCAAGGAUUAGAUCAUUUCGCAAUACUUUUAACUUGGCCAAAGUGGCGCAAAAACAAAACAUUUGAACACAAAUGAACUCGAUUGUUCGAAAACUUAAUAUUUAUUAUCGAAUGCAUACAGACUCUGUGUAGUGGGGGAGGAGACGUUGGAAUCUCACCUCAAAAUAAAUGUUACGCAUAUAUUACGGCCACACACGCACACUCACACACAGAUCUUAGUUCUUCUGCAGCAUCUCGCGCUUCUUGGCCUUCUCGAGCUUGGCCAGACGAGCCAUACUCUUGGGUCCAAGCAGACCACCGCCCCAGUGGCGGCGGAUAUCGUCGAACCGAUCGUUGAAGUUCGUCUUGAUCGUUUCGACCAGCUUGGCCAGGUUGGGCUUGUCCGCGUUCUCGACCUGGGUCAGCGCAACGCAGGUGCACGUCUUGCGGUACACCAGCGUGCCGAGGCGCGCCUUACCCUUGAUGAUGCAGUACGGCACGCCCAUCUUGCGGCAGAGCGCCGGCAGGUAGACGACCAGCUCGAUCGGAUCGACGUCGUGCGCAAUGAUCACCAGCUGGGCCUUCUUCUGCUCGACCAUCUUCACCACGGAGUUGAUGCCCUGGCGCAGCUGGUUGGCCCGCUUCGAUGGCGGUUCCUCCUUGCCGGCCGCCUUCGCUUCCGCCUUCGCCUUCAGGCGCUGGACGCGAGCGAUCGGGUUCUCCGGGCGGUACUUCUCCAGCAUCUUCAUCACCUGCUGGGCCGUCGGCUUGUCCAGCGUCUGGGUGAACUG